UUCUGGGGGGGUGGGGUGGGGGGUCAAGCCGAGCAGGGGAACCGUGCCAGCCGAGGCGUGCGGGCUGUUUUGGGUGUCACGAUGGGAUGUACAUUGAGCGCAGAGGAGAGAGCCGCCUUGGAGAGGAGCAAAGCGAUUGAGAAAAACCUCAAAGAGGAUGGCAUCAGCGCCGCCAAAGACGUGAAAUUACUCUUGCUGGGGGCUGGAGAAUCAGGCAAAAGCACCAUUGUGAAGCAAAUGAAGAUUAUUCAUGAAGAUGGUUUCUCGGGAGAAGACGUGAAGCAGUAUAAGCCUGUGGUCUAUAGCAACACUAUCCAAUCCCUGGCAGCUAUUGUCCGUGCCAUGGACACCUUGGGCAUUGAAUAUGGUGACAAGGAACGAAGGGCUGAUGCCAAGAUGGUGUGUGAUGUGGUAAGUCGAAUGGAAGAUACGGAGCCCUUCUCUCCGGAGCUGCUCUCCGCCAUGAUGAGACUCUGGGCAGACUCUGGAAUACAGGAAUGUUUCAACCGUUCCCGAGAAUAUCAGCUUAACGACUCUGCCAAAUACUACCUAGACAGCUUAGAUCGAAUCGGAGCCGGGGACUACCAGCCCACAGAGCAAGACAUCCUCCGAACCAGGGUCAAAACCACUGGCAUCGUAGAAACCCAUUUCACAUUCAAAAACCUCCACUUCAGGCUGUUUGAUGUCGGGGGCCAGAGAUCUGAACGCAAGAAGUGGAUUCACUGCUUCGAGGAUGUCACAGCAAUCAUCUUCUGUGUCGCUCUGAGCGGUUACGACCAGGUGCUCCAUGAAGACGAAACCACGAACCGCAUGCACGAAUCCCUCAAGCUCUUUGACAGCAUCUGUAACAACAAGUGGUUCACCGACACCUCCAUCAUCCUCUUCUUGAACAAGAAGGACAUCUUUGAAGAGAAAAUCAAGACAUCACCACUGACCAUCUGCUUCCCCGAAUACACAGGCCCCAACUCCUUCACUGAAGCUGUGACCUACAUCCAGUCCCAGUAUGAGAACAAGAACAAGUCAACCAACAAGGAGAUCUAUACACAUAUCACUUGUGCCACUGACACCAAUAACAUCCAAUUUGUUUUUGAUGCUGUGACGGAUGUCAUCAUCGCCAACAACCUUCGUGGCUGUGGACUCUACUGAGCCCCUAGGCCCCCAACCUAUCCCUGAGACCUCCCCAGCCCUGUUCAUCCUCCCCUGUCCCCUUUCCCUUUCCCUCCUUGGAAGAAGAGUGUCUAUACCAUUCACAUUACUCUUCCUCACAAAGAAGGAAGAAUGGAGGGAGCGGGGUAAGGGAAUGGAAGGAGAAAACUCCUUCCUAUCCCAACCCUGUUACCCCCUUCAAGGCACGUCACGUCCAAAUUCCUCUCUAAGCCUUUGUUUUUCAGAUGUAGGAAUGGCAGCCAGGAUUUGUGGUGACUGGUAGCAGGGCAAGGGUGCCAGAACAGUGUGGGAUAGGGAGGGAUCAAGAAGAGGACAAACAAUGAAUCCAUUCAUCUGCCUCCCAGACUCACUUUUCUUAGCUUAAUCUAUUGAAAUGUGUAUUGUAAAGGCAGCCUCUUUGAACCUUCAUAUUGGAAGGAUACAGGUUCCUUGACUACUAUUCUUGGUUUCUGGGUCUUCUUCAGUUUGCUACAAGUUUGGACAGGGUCUAGGCCUAAGCAAGUAUCUCUUUGAUGGGGGUUUCAUCCUAACUGCAUCAGUGGUGGUCCUGUGUUUGAAACAGGAAGGGGUCAGUACUCGUCAGGGAUAUUGACAGAAAGCAGAAGCAAUCAUUCUGCUCUUGCUCAUAUCUCUUCCCCAGGGGCAGCAUUGGCACCAAAGCCCAGGAUGGGGUGACCUUCCUGGAGCCCAUCAGACCAUUAGGCAAAAUGUUCAGGCAUUUGGGUCAUACCUCCCCUCUCUCACUUCCCCCUCCUCAUCCACCAAGUACAAAUGGUCUAGAUUCCUCCCCAAACCCUCAGGCUCUUGCACAUUUGCUCCCUGGAAGAUGGUACCACCCCUACACUACUGGUCCUCAUGACCAGUCACCAAUGAUUUCUGUUCCCCAACCUGCCUCUGCUUCUGGGUAGAAUCAUCCACAUUAACAACCCUUAAUAAGGAAGGGAAGAUGAUGGGGGAGGGGGCAAGACAACCUGUGUGAAAUGUUGGGGCUCUACUGACUCUACUGUUACUCCCUUCUGUCCUUCCAUGGCAGGAGAUCCUGGGAGGUUCCAUGGACUCCCAUCUUGAGAGCUCAGUCUGUAGCAGCUAUGUCUGUGGAGGGGCCAUGGAGUAGAGUGGAGAAGUUGCAGAUUUGAGGAAAGAGGGAAUCAAGGGAGAAGGCAAGAAAGAGAAAAGAAGAAGUGUCCACUUAGAAAAAGCAAAGGAUCCAGAAGGGGUUAUACUGGAAGCUCCAAGUCCCCUGGCCAUUUUUCUAGUAAUAUUAUUAAAGCCCAGAGGGAGCUGCUUUUCUCUGGGAUUGUUUUCUCCCCUCAUCCUAUUUCUGGAGAAGUUGCUCAUAGGAUCUUGGGGCGCUGGGGUGGGGAAUGAAUUUGUCUUUAAAUAGUGAUUCAUAAAAGUGUUCUGGGCAGCUGUUGGCAGUGGCUUCCAAGGGAUAGGUGCACUAUACUCCUAUAGGAGCAUGUGGACCUCCCUGUGCCACCCAGGAAGCAUGGAGAGAGCAUCACACACCACCUCCAUCAACCCAGUGUUGUCGUGGGAAACCAAGGAAUUAAUCGAUUUUUCCAGGCUUCUGUUAAAUAGGGGAUGGGAAGGGAAGGGGAUUGAGGGAAUACAGGGUUCACAAUCCCUACAGAAUUAUCCCUCCACCUGGAAGGAGGAGAGUAGCUGCCUGAGCUGAGAGGGUAUUCCUAAGAGGUACCUAGAAAGGAUCCACCAGUACCUAACUCUCCUGAAGAAAAGACUUGGUCAGGAUGCCACAGCUUCUUUCACUCAGCCAAGUAGUCAAGAACCAGGAUCUAGGGGCUGUGAGACUAGGUCUGUCUUGGAACUUUCUCAUCUUUCUGGUGCUGGAAAUUUCCUCUGAUCCUGAUACACCUCAGGGAGUAGGUUCAGUAGAAGUCUGGGAGAAAAGUUAGUGAAGAGAACACUGGCAGUGAAUGUAUCCCUAUAGGUGACAGGACUGGCAGUCAACUCUUGGCCAGGGAAGCAUCUUCCAUAUUCUCUAGGCCACAUUCUGUGUCACUGACACAGUGGAGCCCUAUGGGGCCAGCUGAUGACAUUUAACCAGAAGACCUAGAGAUUGGAGUUUGCCCCUUCUGGGUGGCUGCCACUGGUGGCUGUGUGUUGUAUACAGUCCAGCUGUGUCACAAUACAACCUUGUGCCAUGAUUUCCAAUCUUCCUGCUGCUGUAGAAAUAUGCCCAUCAGCAACUGAGAAGUAAUAGCCCUUUGGGGAAAAUGUUUCACUCACGUCCUCUCUUCCAGGGACUGAAAGCCUGGAUUUUGCCCUUUACAUGAUUUCAAGCACUCAGUUCUGAAGGGGAACAGUCCAAGAAAAAGCCCCCAGAGAACCAGGAAUGCUCUUUCCUAGUUCCUCUGCAUUUGCUGAGAUGCCCUUUGGCCUGUCCCAUGGCCUUACUGGUCUGGUUUGGAAAUAGUAAAAGGAGGAGCCACCAAGAGGUUGUGACUGUGGGUCUCCAGGUAGCUACCUCAGUGCCAAAAUGCCAGUGGGCCUGUUGGCUGAUAGAAGUUAUUUCCCAAUUGUUCUCCUCUUCCCUCUCUUCUACACCCCUGUGUUGUGGUUAUCUGAAUCACUAUAGGCCAUGCAGUGAAUAGGCACAAAGGACAAUAAAGAAAUUGUUUACUGGG